ACUCCCUCCGAAACUUCCCUUCUCGAAACUUAAGAUAUUAUUAUUACGUUCAUCUCUGAUUGGGAUUGGGGUUUUUAUUCAUUUGAUGCUUCUGAAGCCUGUUACAAAUGUGAGUAAACAGUAAACAAUGAAUAUCUCCUCUUGGAAUGGAACUCUCUCAUCUGGUGAUUUUUAUUCUGCUGCAAUAACUCUUUCUGAGAAAUGGGAACAAAUGAACCCCGCCCUUCCUUCCUGGAAAUGGGUCCCUUUACCAAGAUCACCGUGGGUUGCUUCGCAUGAAGCCGAAGGAUACUUGUCUCUAGAAAAUUUUUGUAUUAUAAAAUCUGAUGAGGAAGUUCAUGAUGAAAGAGCUUUGACAGGUAAAGAGGAUUCCAGCUACCCUCCAACUGACGAGUCUAUUGAUGAUGCUACAUUGAGCUAUGCUGAGGAAAUACAUUUCUAUGAUUUCCAUAUAGUUCACAGUGCUUCAUAUGGAGUUCCAGUGCUCUAUUUUCAUGCAUACUUCUCUGAUGGAAGAUUUUUAGCAUUGGAUGAUAUUAAAAAAGACCUUCCUCCCAGCUCCUUGAAGAUGUUAAAGGAAUCCAAAUGGACAUUCAUAACUUCAGAGGAACAUCCAUACUUGAACCGGCCAUGGUAUACACUGCAUCCGUGUGGGACCAGUGAGUGGAUGAAGCUAUUGUUUCUUGGUAAUAAUUCACUAACCAAAGAAAAGAGAGCUAUCCAACUAUACUUGGUGUCAUGGCUAUCGGUCGUCGGUCAGGUGGUUGGUCUAAGAAUUCCCCUUGGAAUGCUAAGUAACUCUCACCAGUGGAACCAUUCAUCUUCUGUUGUCAAUGGUUCAUCUCUUGAUGAAACCUUAAGUGGGAUUGUUCAUACUCAAAGUUCUCUUGGUUGAGAACUUCCAGACUUGCUCCC